AUGAAUCUGAUCUUUACCUUGUAUAUGAUUAUUCAAGCUAUCUCACCCACGAUUAUUGUAAUGUUCUCUGAUGUCACUGGCCAACGGCCUGCAUACUUUUUUUGCUUUAUAGUAUUCAUAGCAGCUAAUAUUGGCCUCGCGCUGCAAAGUAAUUACAUUGUGCUUUUAAUCUUCUAUUAUCUCCAGAGUGCAGGUAGUUCAGCAACAGGGGCAUUAGUGAACAUGGUGAUUACAGACACUGUAACUUCAGCCGAAAGAGGUAGUUAUAUUAGAUAUAUAUUUUCUAUUUCCUCUCUAAGUUUAUUUGUAAGUGUAUUUGUCGGCCAACCGGUCAGUCCUGUUCUUGGAGGAAUUCUGGUAUACACUGUUAGCUGGCAGUGGAUAUUCUGGUUCUUGGCUAUCUUUUCAGGUCCCUUUUUUAUCAUUUUUGUUUUGUUUAACUCUGAGACAUGUAGGAAGAUUGUGGGAAACGGGUUGUUUGCUUUGCCUCUAUCAAGGAUCUUCCCACAGCCCGGUGCCAACUUCUCUAUUCUGCUCCUUUCUCUGAAGAUUUAUUUAUUAAAGGAGGAAGGAGCAAUCCUUCUUUACAGCGGACUUAUUUUUGCGAGCCUGGCAGCUGUGGCUGCAGCUCUAUCCUCCCAUUUAUCCGCGCAGUUCAAAUUGAAUGAACUUCAAAUCGGCCUUUGCUGUAUUCCUAUGGGAGUCGGAAGCUGCGGCGCUGUGGCGGUUAUGGAAAAGCUGGUCAACUUUAACUACCAUCGGCAUGCGCGCCUGAAAGGAAUCAUCACAGACAGCCAUAACGACACUGACCUGCAUGGGUUUCCAAUAGAAGCUGCAAGAUUGCAAGUCGCAUUGCCUGUUCUAUAUCUUAAUUGUACUUUGCUAGUUUGUUAUGGGUGGAUCUUGCAGAAAGCCCACAGCCUGGGAGCGACUUUGACGUUCCUCUUCUUUCUGAGCUUCACGGCGACAGCGACGUUUGGUGUGCUCAGUACUCUUCUCAUUGAUCUUUUGUCUGACAAGCCCGGAGCAGCAGGCGCAGCAAACAACCUUACGAGAUGCUUACUUGGGGCUGGAAGUGCUGCUUUUAUUCUACCCCUAAUACAGAGGACUGGAGUUGGGUGGGCUUAUACGGUGAUAGCUGGCCUCCUAACUAUAUUGAGCCCCAUUGUGUGGGUGAUAUUAAUCUAUGGGCAGCAGUGGAGGAGGGCAAGCCAAAAUAGUUGA